ACCGACUCGACCCAGGCUUUCUCGCCCUGCUAAGCUGGUUCUCUCAACAAUUCUUACACGACGCUUUCGACCUUGGUCUGCAGUUCUCCCCUCGGCACCAGCAGCCGCACCACCACGGUUCAAGACGUGAAACGUUGAAGGCAGCAUGCAGGCAUCACGAGAUGAAAAUACCUCGGGCUCGUUCGCCGCCGAGGGUCAUGGCGUACACACUCUCACCCGGGAGGAGCUCCAGGAACGGAUACAGCGUUACAACUCCGAGCGGGAGCGAUUCGAUGUAGCCCCUACCCGGAACCAACUUUUGAGCCGAUUCACCGUCUUCUGUCUGGUUAUAAACAGGACAAUAGCGAGCGGCAUCUUCACCCAGCCCGUGAACGUUCUUAAAUACACCGGCAGUUCCGGGGCCGCUCUCCUGAUCUGGGUUGUGGCUGGCAUCAUCAUCCUCUGCGUGGUCGCGACCUGGAUCGAAUUGGCCUUGACCAUCCCGAUUCAUUACGUCUUCCGUGACGGCAGCUGGCAAAGGGUUUCGUCGCCCAGGAACGGCGGAGACAAGAACUACCUUGAGUACAUUUACAAGAAGCCCCGCGACCUGAUGAAAUGCAUCUUCGGCAUCGCUUUCAUCAUCUGGGGCAACCUCGCCGGCAACGCUCUGCAGUUUGGUGUCUUUAUGCAGCUGGCCAUCAACCCGACCUGCCGUGAGGACGACAGCUCAUGCUUCAACCACGGCUACGUAGUGGCCUGGGGCGUCUUUGUCCUCACCGUUUGCGCUCUUCUCAACAUCUCGAGCCGAAAGUAUACCAUGGGCCUCAACAACCUCUUCGCAGUCGCGAAGCUUGCCUUUGUCGUCGUCGUUGCCGUCGUCGGCAUCUCUUACGGCGCAGUCCACGGCGACGGGUGCAGAAGCAUCACCUGGGCGCCCGCCCACCCAGCUGAGUCCGGCAACGUCGGCGACAUUGCCCUGGCUCUCUUCUUUGCCAUGUAUCCGUACACGGGCUACGAGCAGCCCUUCUACGUCCUGUCCGAAGUCUCGCGUCCGCAAAAGACGUUUGCCAAAGCGACCAUCUCGGCCAUGGUGUGCGUGCUCAUCCUCUUUCCCCUUACCAACGUCAGCUAUCUGUGCAUGAAUCCCUACACCGGCAACGCCGCUCUGGCCGACAACAUGGCCAUCGCCUUUAUCGAGCGGCUGUCCGGACUCGGAUCUCACAGCACCGCGGUGCGCAUCGUGUCCAUCAUCCUGGCCAUCUUCAUCUUUGGCAACCUCAUGGCGCAGACGUACACGGCCUCGCGCGUGAAGCAAGAGGUGGCCAAGGAAGGCAUCCUGCCAUGGUCCCUGUUCUUCGCCACGGGCAACGACACGCUCAUUUCCCGCCUCAAGCGCCCCCGUUCCGACAGCACUACUGCCAACAGAAACAGUACUGCGACACUGCCGCACACCCACCCCUACGGGCCCCACCACCGCAGCAGCACCGGCGUGACGGCCAGCACCGGCGCGAGCCGCCCCGCGAACGCAAUCCGCAACCUCGACGGCCACCAUGAACAGGCGCCCUUUGCCGCUACCGCCCUGCACUGGGCGUUUGAGGUAAUCCUGCUCCUAGCCAUCGGCCUGGCCCAGAAGCGGCCGUCGGACGCCUACGGCGGGCUGACAUAUGUGUACACGUACGUGGUGGUUGGGGUCCUGGGGUUCCUCACAGCGGCGGGGCUGCUGUACCUGAAACUCGACUCGUGGGUGUCAGAGAUGGGGAUACUGUCGCGGCGUAACUGGGCGCGCAAGUCCGUCUGGCAGUCCUGGCUGGACCCGCUGCCCGUGCUUGUGGCGACGGCGGGGUUGGGGUUUUUGCUCAUCGCUGCGUUUGUCCCGCCCAGCGAGCCUAAGCGGACUGGAGGUUGGCCGUGGUGGGUUGGGCCUACAGUCGGUAUGGGCAGUGCCCUCCUGGGCGUGGUCUGGUGGUGCGGGUUGGUGUUUGUUCAGUGGGCUGGGCGGUGGGAGCUGCAGACGCAGCGGCUGCCGGUGGUGGAAAUUGAUGAGGACGGGCAGGCUGUGCAGAAGGCGGAGUUGGUUGAGCAUGUCAAAGUGCCCGUCGAAGGGAAGGGGGGUAGGAGAAGGAGGAGGGAGGUGUGGGAGGAGGGGGAUCCGUGA